CCUACUAUAAUUAAUCUAUAAGUAACGCGACUUCUUCAAGGCAUUUUCAUUGAGUUUCCUCUGCAAUAUUCAUGGCAACUAGUGCCAAAACCUCCGUCCAACUUCUUCUACUUCUAAUACUGUCCUCUAGGUUCCUCAGUCUUGAAACUGUAAUACUUGUUUCAUGUGCUAGCAGUCACAAUGCUAGUUGCUUGGAAAUUGAGAGAAAAGCUCUUCUCAACUUCAAACAAGGUCUCGUGGAUCCUUCACAUAGGCUGUCUUCCUGGGUUGGCAGAGACUGCUGUAAUUGGGCUGGUGUGACUUGCAACAACAAGACUGGACAUGUCGUUAUGCUCGAUCUGCACAACGAGUAUUCGGCUGCUGAUGGUGAUGAAACUUCAUACAACUAUUCGAGCCCUGAUGGUGAUGGAACUUCAUAUGCGUUGGCUGGUGAGAUCAAUUCUUCUUUGCUUGAAUUGAAACAUUUGACAUCCUUAGACUUAAGCAUGAACAAUUUUGAAGGGAUUCCAAUCCCAAAAUUUAUUGGAUCACUUAAGACAUUGAGAUAUCUCAAUCUCUCUGGUGCAUCCUUUGGUGGGACUAUUCCUUCAAGUCUGGGAAAUCUUUCAAGCUUGCUAUAUCUAGAUCUAGAAAGUAAUAUAGUUGAAUCGAAUAAGAUUGGCCUAAACUGGUUGUUAGGUCUUUCUUCUUUGAAACAUCUAAAUUUGGGAAGUAUUGAUCUAAGUGAGGCCAAAACUAACUGGCUUCACGCUGUGAACAUGGUUCCAUCACUUUCAGAAUUGCAUCUACCAGCUUGUGGACUUUCUAUUCUUCCUCAGUCUCUUCCACUAGUUAAUCUUACAUCUCUUUCAGUGCUUGAUCUCUCCAAUAAUGGCUUCAACUCCUCAAUACCUUCCUGGCUUUUCAACUUAAGCAGUCUUGUUUAUGUUGAUCUCAGCUCUAAUCAGCUCCGGGGUGGAGUUCCUGGUGAAUUUGCAGGCUUGCAUCUUAUUCAACACAUUGAUCUGUCAGAGAAUUCAUUUAUCAACGGCAAGUUACCUAGAAAUCUAGGCAAGCUCUGCCAUUUGCGUGUGCUUGAUCUAUCCUUCAACAAGAUCAGCGGUGAGAUGACAGAAUUCACUGAUGGCUUGUCUAAUUGCACCAACUGCAGGUUAGAGUACUUACAUUUGGGGUACAAUAUACUGGGUGGGAAUAUUCCUAAUUCCUUAGGACACUUGAGGAAUUUGAAAAAUCUUCUACUCCAUAAAAACCCUUUCUCAGGUUCCAUCCCUGACUCCAUUGGAAAUUUGUCAUCCUUAGAAGGAUUCUACCUUUCUGAAAAUGGAAUGAAAGGAACAAUUCCAGCUAGUCUAGGACAACUCUCAUCCUUAGUUGUGUUAGAUAUAAAAUAUAAUCAGUGGGAGGGUGUCAUAACAGAAGCUCAUUUUUCUAAUCUCACAAGCUUAAAAGAGUUAUCGAUUGUCCAGAGUUAUUCUAACAUCACCUUGGUUUUUAAUGUGAGUUCUGAGUGGAUUCCUACUUUCAAACUUAAGUACCUCAACCUCAAAUCCUGUCUAGUGGGUCCAAAAUUUCCUAUGUGGCUAAGCAAUCAAAACGAACUAAACUAUGUGGCUAUUUGGCAUGCUAAUAUUUCAGACACCAUACCAGAUUGGUUUUGGAAGUUAGAUUUGUUUCUGGAUGUUUUGGACUUCAGUUAUAAUCAGUUGAACGGUACAAUACCGAACACAAUCAAGUUCGGUCCUAAUGCUAUAGUGUUCUUGAACUACAACCGCUUUACUGGCCCUUUGCCAGUAUUUUCAUCAAAUGUCACUUCUUUCCAUUUGGAUAAUAACUUUUUUUCUGGACCCAUUCCUGAAGACUUCGGUGAACGAAUGCCCAUGUUGUCAGAUGUUGACAUCUCUUUUAACUCCCUAGCUGGUUCCAUUCCCUUGUCAAUUGGGAAUUUAAGUAAUUUGCUCACUCUUGUUCUCGCCAAUAACCAGUUGACAGGAAAAAUCCCAGAUUUCUGGUCUAGUUUAACAGAAGUCUAUGUCAUAAACGUGGCAAACAACAACUUAACUGGUGAGAUACCAAAUUCGUUGGGUAAUUUAGGUUCUGUUUCACCUUUAUUCCUGACGCUGAGCAACAACCAGCUAUCAGGGGAAAUUCCUUCAGCCUUGAAGAACUGCACAGAAAUUACAACUCUUGAUCUUGGAGAUAAUAAACUUUCGGGUAGUAUUCCGACUUGGAUAGGAGAAAGGUUCCCAUCUCUGCUGAUUUUACGUCUAAGGUCAAACUUGUUCCAUGGAAGCAUUCCCUCACAAUUAUGCAAUCUCUCCUCUCUUCAUAUAUUGGACCUUGCUCAUAAUAAUCUUUCAGGAUCAAUUCCCCCAUGUCUAGGGAAUUUGAGUGGUAUUUCUUUUGAUGCUGAAAAUGUGAGAUAUGAAGGGCAGUUGUUGGUGGCAACAAAGGGAAGAGAAUACCUGUAUGAUACGGGGAAUCUCUAUCUUGUGAAUAGCAUUGACCUUUCUAGCAACAGCCUGCGCGGAGAGUUGCCUGAUCUUACAAAUCUUUCAAGGCUGGGGAUCUUAAACUUAUCUAUGAAUCAUUUGACUGGGAAAAUACCUGAGAGCAUUGGAAGCUUAAAACAGUUGGAAACUCUUGACCUCUCCAUAAAUCAAUUUUUUGGUCCCAUACCAACCAGUUUGGCCGCUUCUACUUUUCUUUCUCAUUUGAACGUCUCACACAAUAAUCUGUCUGGACAAAUCCCAUCAGCCAACCAAUUCCAAACCUUCAAUGAUCCAUCAAUUUACGAGGGUAACACAGCACUUUGUGGGUCUCCACUACCCAAAAAGUGCAACGAAGACGAAAAAGCAUCUCACUUUCCCAAUGGAGAAGAAACAGAUGAUGAAGACAAGGAUAAACUUGAAAAUCUAUUGUUUUACAGCACCAUAGUACUGGGAUUUCUCAUUGGAUUUUGGGGAGUUUGUGGUUCAUUGAUAAUAAAGAAUUCUUGGAGGCUUGCCUUUUUCAAAUUGGUGGAUGACAUGAAAGAUAAACUCAUCUUGGCUGUCUCAUUAACAUGGGCACGUCUCCAGAGAUCGGCAGAAGAAUGGAACUAAGUUUAAUGACAGGAUAUAUUCGCAUGUCUGAACAUUAAUGCGUUGUCUUUCCUAAAUUUGUCAAUCUCUGUGUUCAGUUUUGUAGAACAAAGUUCGAAUAACUUAAGAAUACAUAGCGAUUAAUGCAAUAAAAAGGUAUU